AUGAAUAAUGAUUACACUGGCAGGGCGGUUUAUCAGCAGCAGCCUAGAUUUGAUCCCGGACCGGAAAUAAGAAAUGACGUCACGGAGGGCUACCACCUUUUCGAGUUCAAGGUCGUUGACGUUGAGGGCAACAGUGCCAUCUUCGUCACCUGUCCCGGUAUAACGCCUCCCCCCAUUGGUGACGUCACAUGCGACAACCAAUCACAUUCGUUGCUGUACGGCACUCGAUGUUCCCUCUCUUGCCCUACUGGCUACGGCAAUUCGGGUCAGCCAGUAGAAUGUCAGAGAAACGGGUCAUGGUCGGGGUAUGUGGGUCACUGUAAAGUCCUAACCUGUCACGACCCGUCCACACCUCUACACUCCACACGGCACUGCACACACCCGCGGCACGGCACCCACCACUUCCACCGACACGAGACGACGUGUUACUACACGUGUCUACCCGGAUAUCGUCUGACCGGAAACAGCAGCAGUAUCCAGUGCCUUGCCACAGAAUUCGGCCGAGCCGAAUGGACGCACGCGGCCCCAACUUGCCAAAGAAUCAUUCCACCAAUCAUAAACAACUGUCCAAAAGAACCAAUAUACUUGACCUCAUUUAAGCCGGAAACGGAUGUAUAUUCACCGGAAGUGACUUUUAUAAAUCGAACUUCGGGAAGGAAAAUUGAUCACGUUUGCAGUCAUUUUUUUUCUUCAAACAAACGUGCUUUUCCCAUUGGUCAGCACAAUAUCACGUGUCACAUGACGCAGCCGGAAGUAGAGGGUGAUGACCAGCAGCACGUCGUUUCGUGCAAAUAUAUUUGUGACGACGGUCUCGUUUAUCCGCGAACAUUCGCCAGCCAACUGGAAAAAUUUGACUACACGUGCAGCGGAAGUGAAGGCGUCUGGCAUCCGUUUCCGUUUGUUCCCGGAUGCGUGGUCCCGAGAAUCCCGAAUGAACUCAAACUUCCGGUUGAAAUCUGGCAGAAACUAUCCCCAUCAACAUCCGCCAUCAAUAACGUUACCGGCAUAAAAACCCUGGCGACGAUCAGUACCAAAAACACCGUAAACUGCGCAUCCCUACUUCCGGGGGGCCUUACAAAAUGGCGGCUUCUAAAGAAAUCAAGUUUCCGGGAGAUGAUAAUUUCUGAGAGUAAAGUGUGCUCAACCGUGCAGAAGAACUGCCUGAUUGAAGAUUUCACUGUGGAAUGUUUUAGUGACGACGACGAUGAUGAUGGUGGUGGUGGUGUGGGUGGUGUUGAUGGCGGUGGCAUGGGUGUUGGUGAUGUUGUUCAUCAUGGUCAUGAUGAUGAUAGUCAGAAAUCUGACCGCAAAAACAUUAAUAAUAAUGACAACAGCAGCAGCAGCAGCAAUAUCAAUGAUGGGAUUCUUCGAAGAUUAAAAAAGAAUGUCAAGCCAUCUGAAAAUGACAUAACGAUUUAUAAUAAUAAUUAUAAUAAUAAAAAUAAAAAAUAUAGUCUCAGUAGUUCAUCAUUCCAGAGAUCAACAACAAAAACGAGGCACGACAACAACAACAACGCUGUGAACAUUUACAGUAAAACGUCAUCGUCGAGGCACCGACCAAUCAGAUCGAGGUAUAACAUAGCAACGACCAAUAAAAUUCGACAGAGCAAACGCUCCGUCCAAUCAAAAAACGCCUACAUUUUAGUUAGGUUUAAAUUCGCAACUAAAAUUAAAACCCAGGCAAAUACAUUAAGAAAUGACAACAACAACAAUAAUAGCAUCAAUUACAACAAUAACAACCACAAUCGUAAGAAUAACAACAUAAAAGAAUAUACUAUUGAAAAUUCGCAACAACAUCAACAUCAACAACAACAACAUCAACUACAACAGCAUCAACAACAACAGCAAGACAACGACCCAAUGCACAUAUGGACUGAAUCAUACCACAAGACAGUUCUAACACUAGAAUGUAUGUUCAAGAGUCUACAGAGAUUGCUUAAAACAGAGCAAAUUUCGAUUAUAACCGAAACUAAAAGUGAAAUUAACGACAAUGACAUCAUCAACAACAACAACAGUAACAACAUCUAUAACAUUAAAGUAAGCAAAAACGUCAUCAAUAAUAACAACAUCUACAACAACAAUAAAAGCAACAUUAAUAACAUGACAAUAAUUAAGCAUGUUAUAACAGCAGCUUGUGAUUUUGAAUACGAAUAUUAUGAGCGCUAUCUAGCUUGCGUUCCGUGUGGUUCUGGAACGUAUUACAACACAUCAAGAGGCAAGUGCGUUCCCUGUCCAACUGGUCGAAUCCAGCCCGAAGAAGCCAAGUUCAACUGCAUAUAUAGCCAUCAAUGAUGACGACGACGAUGAUGAUGGUGGUGAUGAUUUUAAUGAUGAUUGUGAUAAUGAUAACGAAGGUAUGCUGUUGCUGCUGAUGAUGACAAUAACAGAGUGAUGAUGAUGAGAACGUUGAUGAAAAAGACGACGACGACGAUGAUAAAAAUACGACAGUUGCUAAUGUCCAAGCCUACGUUCACUCUUUAAUUAUUUAUGGCCAGAUCGUAACAUACUCAUCUUCAUCUUCACCUUCACCAUAAUUUUCAUCAUCAUCAUCUUCACCAUCAUUUUAAUCAUCCUCACCACCAUCAUCGUCAUUAUCACUUUUAUUAGAAUCAUCUCUAUCAUCUUCAAUAACACAAUCAACAUAAUCAGCAGUAGUUGCAGUAGUAGCGGUAGCAGCCACAAUAACAUCACCACCACAAUAACUAUAAUCAAAAGUUUC